AUGAUCAACACGAAACUAAAACCAGGCAUUUCUUCAUCAGGCGAAACCAUCGGCACCAAUCAUGACCUCCUAAUCGAAAUUCUCCUCCGACUACCUGCAAAAUCACUGCUCAAGUUCAACUCUGUAUCAAAACAAUGGCUAUCUUUAAUUUCCGACCCCAAAUUCCGAUUCUCCCAUGCUCGCCACCAACGAAUCCGAAACCCCACACCUAAUUCUCUCAUGCUCAACAACUACUACCCUCCAACUCCUGAAUUCCAGCUUGUCCCUCUAAAACACGAUACAAAAAUCCCUUUCUUGGAUUAUCUCAAUGUUCCUCGCGUCAAGAUAGAGCAAUCUUGUAAUGGGUUGUUCAUUUGCUCUUCGACUUACUUGGUCAAUCCCAAAAACAAAGAAUGGGAAAGGUACAUAACCGACACCAGCUUUGAUUAUUUUGCUGAUUAUUGUACUUCUGUGGUCGAUGAUGAUGAUAGUGGCUAUAGUUUGGUCUUUGAUCCUUUAAAAUCGCCUUUUUACAAGGUUAUUUGUAUGCGAGAAGUGAAUUCUGAAAUGGGCAAGUUUGAACUUGAUGUAUAUUCAUCGGAGACUGAAUCGUGGGGAUUAUUGCGAAUCCCUUUUCGAAAGCCAAAUGGAAUGCACUUACGUGCUGGGGUUUUUUGUAAUGGUGCUGUUCAUUGGUACAGUCAUGACGAGACCACGCUGUAUUUUGAUGUUGAUAGUGAGAGUUUGAAGACAAUGCGGAUGCCUCCUGUGGUAAGGAGGGAUAAAAGGGUUCAAAAAGUGAUGUAUUUUGGAGAGUCUUUGGGUCAUUUGCAUAUGGUUAUGAGCGAUGACCAUUCUGCUUUAGAAUUUGAUGUUUUGGAGAUGGCAUCGGAUUAUUCUAGAUGGACGUACACUGCAUUUUCAGUAUUGGGUGUUGUUCGGGCUAUGGAGGAAGAGGAGUCAACAGUUGUGCUAUUUGUGGAUGGCAGAGCCAUGUCCUAUGCUUUUCACAGUGGGACAUCAAAUAAGAUAUGCGAUAUAGAUCCAAAACCUAGAUUUGCUGGUGUUGCUGGUGCUGCAUUGGAUUACGAAGGGCAUGAUGCCUAUCAGUACUUCGAGUCUCUUGUUUGUAUUUGA